AUGGCAACCGAAAAUGCCUCGUUCACUCAGGAAAAGACCUUCAGCACAUACAAUGCCGCUCAGGGCAAAGCAUACUCCGAUCUCCGUCGGGACUACGAUCCCAAAGUCUACCAGACCAUAUUGGACCAGCACACUUCGACCGGUGGCCAACUCGACACGUUCCUAGACGUAGGCUGCGGCCCGGGGUUUGCGGCACGAGCACUCGCUCCGCACUUUACACAAGCCAUUGGUCUCGAUCCCGCGGAGGGCAUGGUCACCACAGCGCGCAACCUCACGACUGUGGCAUCCCCAGAGUUCAAUAAUGUCCGAUUUGAAAUAUCUACAUGCGAAGAAUUGGGUUCCAACCUGACGCCUCCGAUCGCCGAUGGGAGCGUAGACCUGAUCACCGCCGCCAACGCAGCGCACUGGUUCGAUAUGCCGCGUUUCUGGGCAGCUGCGUCAAGAGUUCUCAAACCAGGAGGCACCGUUGCAAUCUGGACCUCGGGCCCCGGCCGUAUCCAUCCCUCGGUGCCCAACGCCGAAGCCAUCCAGGCCGUGAUCGACGCACAGCAGGAGGGCGAGUUGAAACCGUACUUGCUGCCCGGCAACACACUCGUGCGCAACCACUACAGGGACCUCCCGCUGCCCUGGACGGGUCCGCUCGAGCACCGCGUCGACGGCGCGUUCGACCAAGCGUCCUUCGUCCGCCUCGACUGGCCCAGCGACCAGCCGUUCUACCUCCCCGGACCGAAAGACGACGAGGGCGUGAGCAUGGAUAUCUUCGAGAAGGUGCUGGCGACAGGAAGCGCGGCGACGAGGUGGCGGCAAGCGCACCCUGACCUCGUCGGCACGGAGAACGACGUGCUCAGGAUCCUGAGGAGGAAGAUUGAGGCCCUAUUGCACGACGCCGGCGUCAAGCCUGGGCAAGAGAGGUUGCGGGGCCUGUUUGACGGUGUGAUUUUGUUUGUCAAGAAGAAGGCGGCUUGA